AAAUUAAUGUCUUGCAAGUUAUUUUGGAUAAUGUCCAUAACUUGUAUGGGUGCAACUAUUGUAGGUGUGUUCCUGAAAAAGGCUGAGAGCUUGAGAAGAACACGUGAGCGUUGUAUCACAGUCAUAACAAAGGCUGCUAAGGUGACCUUUAGAGCUCUUGAUAGAAGAUUCCAACAAGUAAUGGCAAGCUCUUCCUGGACACUGCAAGAACCUCUUGAAGAGGAUGACCCUGAAAUAUUUGAACUAAUUAAGAAAGAGAAACAAAGACAGAGGAAUGGACUGGAACUAAUUGCAUCUGAAAAUUUUGCCAGUCGGUCUGUAUUGGAGGCAAUGGGUAGUUGUCUGAACAAUAAAUACUCGGAGGGAUAUCCCGGCCAGAGAUACUACAGUGGGAAUGAAGUCAUUGACAAGAUCGAGUCACUUUGUCAAAAGAGAGCCCUUGAAGCAUUUGGUCUUGAUCCUAAAGAAUGGGGAGUCAAUGUGCAGCCUUAUUCUGGUUCUCCAGCUAACUUUGCUGCAUACACUGGUAUAUUGAAUCCACACGAUCGCAUCAUGGGUCUUCAUUUACCUGAUGGAGGACAUUUGACUCAUGGCUUCAUGAGAGGUUCACAAAGGGUCUCAGCUACUUCUCUUUAUUUUGAGUCAAUGCCUUAUCAUAUUGAUCCCAAGACUGGUAUCAUCAAUUAUGAUCAGCUGGAAAUGUUUGCAAAAUCGUUUCAUCCUCGCAUGAUCAUUGCCGGCACUUCUGCAUACUCUCGCCUCAUUGACUACCAGAGAAUCAGAAAAAUAUGUGAUGAUAAUGGUGCUUAUCUGCUCUCAGACAUGGCACAUAUUAGCGGAUUAGUUGCUGCUAGAGUUAUUCCAAGUCCUUUUGAAUAUUCUCAUGUUGUCACGACAACCACACACAAGACACUCCGUGGGGCAAGAUCAGGGAUGAUAUUCUACAGGAGAGGAGUGAAAGAGAUCAACAAGCAAGGCCAGGAGGUCAUGUAUGAUUUUGAAAAGAAGAUCAAUGCUGCUGUAUUCCCUGCCCUUCAAGGUGGACCUCACAACCAUGCCAUUGCUGGAGUUGCUGUUGCACUUAAACAGGCGUGUAGACCAGAGUUUAGGGUGUACCAAGAGCAGGUGGUUAAGAAUGCGAAGGUCCUAGCGGAGAGUUUGAUGGGAUUCGGGUAUCAUAUUGUAUCUGACGGAACUGAUACUCAUCUUAUGCUCCUUGAUUUACGAGGAACUGGGAUGGAUGGAGCUGGGGGUAAAGCUGAUCGUGUACUGGAGCUAGCUUCAGUGACUGCUAAUAAGAACACAGUUCCAGGAGACCGGAAUGCAAUGAACCCCAGUGGACUGAGACUAGGGACACCAGCUCUUACCUCUCGCUUUAUGAAAGAGGAUGACAUGAAGCAAGUCGGUGCUUUUAUUCAUGAAGGAGUUCAAAUUGCUUGUGAAGUCAAUCAGAAGCUAGAGGCAGCUGGUACCAAACCAACCAACAAAGUUUUCAAGGAAUUUGUUGUAAGUGAUGCCCCAACCAUAGCCAAGAUUGAGGAACUGAGAGGAAGAGUUGAAGAAUUUGCAAAGAAAUUCCCUAUCCCAGGAUUUGAUGAACACUAAAAAAAUAAAAACUUGAACUUGAACAUUUCUGAGUGUUAUAAUUUUAUUUUCUAUGAUUAUUUAUUCAUAGAGUGUGACGUAAUACACGUCAUCACUAUAAUU